AUGGACGUGCCAACGCAUCCCGUCACCCAUGGCCUCGCGGAGGAUGACGAGCUCUCCGACGAGCAGAUCGAGAUGCUGCUGAAGCAGGCUGAGGUCAGAGCGCGUGAGAAGGACACGUCGAGCUCGCUGGUGCAGAUUCCAUCUGCCGCCGACUACACGCUACCCAGGCUCGCAACCCCCGGCCUUCCUGCUCUGUACGUCCAGACCGAGGGCGACGUUGCCCGCGCGGAUCCAUCCCGCCUGCUUGAUGACCAGCAGCGCGCAUUGGCAAACCACAUCCGGAAGGUCGAGGAUCCCGUCGCCGUCAAGAAGAAGAAGAUUGAGGAGAAGAAGGCUACCGCUGGAGAGCAGUGGUUCAACAUGCCCAAGACAGACCUCACCCCGGAGCUGAAGAGAGACCUCCAACUAUUGAAGAUGCGCAACGUGCUUGAUCCCCACCGUCAUUACAAGAAGGAGAACAGCAAGGACUUUGUCCCCGAAUAUUCGCAGGUCGGUACCAUUAUCGAGGGCCCCACCGAGUACUACAGCGCCCGUCUGCAAAAGAAGGAACGCAAGAAGACCUUCGUCGAAGAGGUGCUCGACCGGGAGAAGAACUCGGGCAGGUUCGAGAAGAAGUACGGCGAGAUUCAGUCGAAGAAGACGAGCGGCAAAAAGGCCCACUACAAGGCUCUGCAGGCCAUGAGAAAGUCUGGCAAGAUUUCCAAGGGUUGA